AUGGGUUCACCCACCUCGGGUUCGAAGCGUAAGAAGACCACCGAGAAGGGCCUGCGCAUGGCCGCCACGGUGAAGGAGAUGGACGGCUCGCAGGGCUUCGACGCCGUCGUCGUCUGCACCAGCAACGCCGCGCAGGAGGCGUACUGGCAGGAGCGCCUCGAGGCGACUCGCGGGCAGGCCGCCAAGGCCGGCGCGGUCAUCGUCGCGGUGCACGAGGACUGGGCCGCCGACGGCGCCGGCAACGGACUCGGCACGCUCUACGCGUACACCAAGGCCAAGGCCAAGGCGGCGCUCCAGGGCGCGGAUCUCGACGCCGUGCUCGCCAGCGGCGGCACCGUCGGCAUCUAUCACACCGCCGGCAAGGGCACCCGACUCGCGCCGCUUCCCGGCGCCGAGAACAACAACAAGCCCGGGGUCAAGCUCCCGUCCCUCGUCGAAAUCGCCCCGGGCGUGACCAGCGAGCUCACCAUCCUCGAGGCGGUCGUCCGGCAGACCGGCUGCUACGCCCCCCACCGCGCCGGUCGAUGCUCCGUGUUCUGGGGCGAUCAGAUCUUCGUCCCAGCCGCCGGUCAUCUCCCGUCGGGUUCCCACCACGCCGACAUCCUCGCACAGAUGGGCCCGAUGCCCUCCGAGGAGGAGUGGACGCUCAAGGGCCUGGACAAGUACGGCCUCAUCACCGUCAACGACGCGGGCGAGGCGGCGCAGGUGGAGAAGGUUUCGUUCGAGACGGCUAACAAACUCCUCGCGUCCUUCGGCACCGUCACCUCCGUCGGCCCGUCCUUGGGCUCCUUCUCCCUCUCUCACGAGAUGCUCGCCGCGCUGCUGGACGAGUUCAAGUCCGAGAUUGCGGGCAAGCAGGCGAAGAUGGACUCCGAUCCGCACUUUUGGAUGCCGCUCACGCUCGCGAAGGAUGCGUACGUGUCGGUGAUGAUCACCAAGGAUGAAACCGCCGAGGCGGCGGGCGCUCACCACGAUCGCAUGCAGGCGUUCCGCGCGAAGCUCCCGGGCACGCGCGGGGUGUUCGGCGCCAUCGACGUCGGCGAGGGGUGCUACUGGUGGGAUUACGGCCAGCUCAAGCUCUACCUGACCAACAACGUGCUGGCGAUGAAGGACACCGAGGAGGCGGCGGCGCUGCGGGACUACCUCAAGAUACCCGACGGGGGCACGCAGGCGUCCGAGCUCGGCGCCGGCGUCGCCCUUGCCGGCGGCAGUAUCGUGCUCGCGUCCAAGAUCGGGAGUGGGAGCGUCAACAACACCAUCGCCAGCCACGUCACCACCGGCGAGUGCAACGCGAACGGCUGCAUGCUCAUCAACGUCACGGCUCGAAAGAUCCACGCCAACAACUGCAUCGUGUACAACGUCGUCGACGAUUCCGAGGACGGACUCGUCUUACCCGACGGCGCGGUGGUCACCAACGUGUUCAUGGAGUCGGGCGACAAGCUGGUGCAGACCUCGAGCGUCACCACGGACGGAGGGAAGGUGUUCAAGUCCAGACUCUCCGCAAAUCCGUACUCGUUCAACGACGUGUACAAGAUGAAUCAGGACACGGACGUCCGCGCCGCGUACGCCAAGGGCGCCGCGGCGCACGCCGCCUUGGCCGCCACGAUCGGCUGAUGCGAGGUCGAGGGUUCGAUACCGGCCGGGGGCGAUGAUCUCGCACUAAAAAAGGAGGGGACGGCGCCCCGCACCGCUCGCUUUUACCAGGUACAUCUCAUCUUCUAUUGAAUCUAAUAACAUCGUUUCAC